AUGGAAGAUGAGAAGGAUGAACUACUUCCUCCAAAGACUGGCAUAACAAAGCCUGCAAAAGAAGAACCAGAACUGACCUCUAAGGAGUUGAAAGAGAAGGAAAAGAAAGCAAGUCCUUCCAAAGAAAGGGCAGUAUCAAAGCAGCCCUCUGAAGAAAAACAUGAACCAAAGAAACCUUCCAAAGAUGAAAAAGAACCGACAAAACUGUCUAGAAAGGCAGAAGAAGAACCAAAGAAGCUCUCUAAGGACAAAAAAAAGAAACCAGCCAAAGAAAAGAAAGAGGUCAAGAUUAUUCUCAAAGAAGAACCAACAAAGCCCUCAAGAGAAAUCAAGAGGCCACUUCAAGACAAAGAACCCUUCAAGAAGGGAGAUAGUAAGACAGUGGCCGCACCCAAGGACUCCAAGAAGGAAGCAAAGGAAAAAAUCACAACUAAACCUGUAAAACCAGACGCUGAACCCAAAAGGUCUGUGAGAGGGAUCAAAGUAGUCAAAAAGGCUGUUGCGUCUCUCUUGAAGAAGGAACAUCUUAAUGUUACAAAAGCUGAAGUACCUAAAGUGAAAGCCAAACCAGAACCUGCAAAGAAAGCAGUGUCACUCCCCAAGGAACCUAAAAAGGAGCCAAAGGAAAAAGUCAAACCUAAACCUGUAGUAAAAGACGCUGAACCCAAAAAGGCUGAAAAGGUGACUAAAGUAGUCAAAAAGGCUGUUGCAUCUCUCUUGAAGAAGGAGCAUCUUAAUGUAACAAAAGCAGCGGUUCCUGAAGUACCUAAAGUGAAAGCCAAACCAGAGCCUGCAAAGAAAGCAGUGUCACUUCCCAAGGAACCUAAGAAGGAGCCAAAGGAAAAAGUCAAACCUAAACCUGUAGUAAAAGACGCUGAACCCAAAAAGGCUGAAAAGGUGACUAAAGCAGUCAAAAAGGCUGUUGCAUCUCUCUUGAAGAAGGAGCAUCUUAAUGUAACAAAAGCAGCGGUUCCUGAAGUACCUAAAGUGAAAGCAAAGCCAGAACCUGCAAAGAAAGCAGUGGAACUUCCCAAGGAACCUAAGAAGGAGCCAAAGGAAACAGUCAAACCUAAACCUGUAGUAAAAGACGCUGAACCCAAAAAGGCUGAAAAGGUGACUAAAGUAGUCAAAAAGGCUGUUGCAUCUCUCUUGAAGAAGGAGCAUCUUAAUGUAACAAAAGCAGCGGUUCCUGAAGUACCUAAAGUGAAAGCAAAGCCAGAACCUGCAAAGAAAGCAGCGGCACUUCCCAAGGAACCUAAGAAGGAGCCAAAGGAAACAGUCAAACCUAAACCUGUAGUAAAAGACGCUGAACCCAAAAAGGCUGAAAAGGUGACUAAAGCAGUCAAAAAGGCUGUUGCAUCUCUCUUGAAGAAGGAGCAUCUUAAUGUAACAAAAGCAGCGGUUCCUGAAGUACCUAAAGUGAAAGCCAAACCAGAACCUGCAAAGAAAGCAGUGUCACUUCCCAAGGAACCUAAGAAGGAGCCAAAGGAAAAAGUCAAACCUAAACCUGUAGUAAAAGACGCUGAACUCAUAAAGACUGAAAAGGUGACUAAAGUUGUCAAGAAAGAGGUUGCACCUGUCCUGAAGAAAGAACAGCUUAGAGUUACAAAAGCAGACGCUGAACCCAAAAAGGCUGAAAAGGUGACUAAAGCAGUCAAAAAGGCUGUUGCAUCUCUCUUGAAGAAGGAGCAUCUUAAUGUAACAAAAGCAGCGGUUCCUGAAGUACCUAAAGUGAAAGCAAAGCCAGAACCUGCAAAGAAAGCAGUGUCACUUCCCAAGGAACCUAAGAAGGAGCCAAAGGAAAAAGUCAAACCUAAACCUGUAGUAAAAGACGCUGAACCCAAAAAGACUGAAAAGGUGACUAAAGUUGUCAAGAAAGAGGUUGCACCUGUCCUGAAGAAGGAACACCUUAACGCAACAAAAGCAGAGGUUCCUGAAGUACCUAAGGUGAAAGCUAAAGCAGAACCUGAAAAGAAAGCAGUGUCACUCCCCAAGGAACCUAAGAAGGAGCCAAAGGAAAAAGUCAAACCCAAACCUGUAGUAAAAGAGGUUCCUGAAGUUCCUAAGGUGAAAGCCAAAGCAGUAACUGAGAAGAUAGCUACCAAGGAGCCCAAGAAGGAACCAAAGGAAAAAGUCAAAUCUGUUAAACCAGAAGCUCCAAAGGAAAAGGCCAAAGCAGCCCCUGCUAAGAAAGAAGUUAUUGCUCCCAAAGAAAAGUCCAAACCAGUCAUCUUGAAAAAAGAACAAGAGGGCACUCCUAAAAAUGCCUCUUUGGUGAAACAGAGAGUCAAAAUUGUGCCUAUGAAAAAAGAAGUGAAGGCACCUAAAGAGAAAGUCAAGUCUGUCUCUCCGGCAACAAAAACAGUGGUUUCAAAAGAGGAGCCCAAAUCAGCUCCUGCAAAGACAGGACCUGCUCCACUAAAGACAAAACCAGCCUCAGUGGUCAAAGCAGAGUUAGCGCACAAAAAUGUCUCAAUAACAAAGGAGAAGGCAAAGGCUGUGACGCUGAAGAAAGUGCCUGUAACUCCAAAAGAGAAAGCCAAGCCAGCACCAACAAAAAAAGAAGUUGAGGUUCUCAAGGAGAAGAAGGCCACGCAAGUGACCCCCACAAAAGCACCUGUUAUCAAACCAAAACCUGCAGAAAAGAAGAAAGAACCGGAAGCCAAGGCAGUUCUUUCCAAAACAGCACCUGAGGUUACAAUGGAGACACCUAAACCAGCUCACGAGAAGAAAGCUCCUUCUGAAUCAAAGGCAGCAACAAAGAAGGAAUCCCUUCAAAAGAGAAAAGAGCCCAAAGUGCCAAAGGACAAAGUGAAACCAGCUGUUAGUAAAGCAUUAGUAAGGAAAAGGGCCAAACCAGUCCAUGUAAAGAGAGAACUGGAGGUUUCUAAAGAAAUGGAGAAACUUGCUGAAUUGGAGAAAGCCAUUGCUAGGGAAAAGUCCAGAGCACUGCGUUUGAGGAAAGAGCUUGACCUUUUAAAAGAACAAGUCAAACCCACUGCAACAGAGAAAGAAGACAGAGUUCGUAAAGAAAAAACAGAGCCUGUAAAGAAAGAAAAAACUGUGACGAAGAAGGCCGCCAAAGUAGAGAAAGCUAAAGAGGACAGAGUUCUUAAAGAGAUACAGGAGCCCGCAAAGAAAGAAAAAGCUGCUGAGAAGAAAGUGGCCAAGGAGGAGAAAAUCAAAGCCGAGGCUUCUGUAUCAGACAGCUUUCAGAUGGAAGAAGAGCCCUACUUCCAGUGUUUCUUCGUGGACGAGGAAGAGGCCCAGUUUCCUUUCUACGCCUUCUCACCGAUGCAGAUUUGACACUUCAGUCUGUAGCCAGUCUGAGGUUUACAAUUUAGUCAAUUUUACUGAUAAAGACAAGGUCACGUCAAGCCCUGCCCGGCGCUGCUGAAACGCAGACUGCUGUUUCCUGCUGGUCUUCAGAGGAAAACCCUGAACCGCAGAGGAUGACGAGGGAUUUUUUUUACGAUGGACCUACUUUUUUAUACUUCCAGAUUUGGUUGAGCUCUCUUUCCAAAUACAUGCAGCCAGUGUCAUUCCUUUCCAUUUUUAUUUUGAUUUAUUGUUUAUUUUGUGUUGAAUUGUUUUGAAAGGUGGAUAUCAUGAUGGAACAAUAUAGUUUAUUACCUCCGUGGAUCAUUCAUUUAGAUCCUCACAGCAACACAAGCAAAAAACAAUAAAAUUGUGACUUUUUUAAAGAAGGAACGUAGUGCUGUACACAGGGUACAAACAAGGCCACAGUUGCAGAUUCAAGGGUUCAAUUCCCACAUUUACUUGAAAAGUGGUUUGUACAGUAAUCAUGCUUUUUAUGCACCGUCAUUGUCCUUUUCCCUCUCUGCAUUUUAGAUAGCGGGUCUUUAAUGCGCAACCUUUUUGCUUUUAGGCCCUGGAAUAGGCAAUUGGCCAUUUCUAUUGUUUGAGCAUAAUUCCAUAAUUCAUGAUAUUUAUGAUCUUUUCUGUUAUUUAAAAAAGAAAACAUAUUCCUCUACCUUUUUUUUCUGUUUCUGUCUCCUAUGUCUACUAUGUGUCAAAAGGAAUGACCAUGCACUGUUUAUGAGAGCUCCCAAAUGUACUGAGGAAAAACUACCUACUAAGUCUUAUUAAACUACCACCAUGUGCACACAGCUCUAAAAACAAGCCAUGCCUAGUCAGGAUGAGGUUAGACUUAUUAUCAGGUAAAGCAUUCAUUUAGUAGUUGGAUGUUAUGUUAGCAAGUUCUUGUUUUUUCCAGCUGCUCACUGUUCAAAUACUUUUACUUAUGGCAUUUUAAUUUGAUGCAAGAUGUUUUACAAGCUGGAACAUUAAAAGUAGGGAACAUGUGAGGAUUUAUUUUGUCAGUCAAAAAGGAUGUGGCGAUUCCUUGACCAAAAACGCACUGACUAUUGGUUCAUUGUCUGUGUGCACAACAUAGAAACAUGAUAUAUAUUUAGCAACCUUUUGAACAGGUGCUUAUUAAACAUUAUGCUAGCAUAAUCGUUUCAAGUCUUUGAAAGUAUCAUCAUAUUUUAUGUAUUUAACAUAAAAUGAUAUUAUUGCAUAUCUGAUGCUGUUGCAUCCCAUGCACUGUGCUAAACACAGGAUUCAUAUUAUAAUUUAUGAAUAUCUUGUGCAUGUGAGGAACAGUUUGGGUUAUGAUUUAGGAUUGAUAUUAAGUCACGUAUUAGAAGUCUCUGAAGAAGAAGAAGAUGAUGACAAGACAGCUGCAAGUCUCUGCUAUCCUCCAGGUUUUUUUGCCAACCUGAAAUGCUUGUUAAUGUGGUUACGAUGAAGUUUAGCAUAGCAAAGUUAACAUUUACAUUUUUGAAAUACACUCUUAAUUGAGGCAGAUGGCAUAACAUGUUUGUGCAGUUGAUCUCAGAUGUAAACGGGUACAUUGUUUUUCAGCGUGCACCAGAUGUUGUUUACAUACGGCUCUAUACAUUUUGUUGAAAAUGCCGUCAUCACAGCUUGUGGGACUAAUCCCAAGUUUAAUCAAAAGUAAAUCUAAUUAUCUUUUAUUUAUUAGAAUAAUCACAGUCUCUAUUAUGGUGCACCCUCUGCAGCUCCCAGUGAGCUCAAGGCUCCAGUAACUGUACUGUAACAGCUGGAGUUUUGUGGUGAUGAUCAUCUGAUGUUUUAGGUUUAGAUGUUGUUACCAGAGUGUCUUUGGAUAUUUAUUUAUAGGUAUUGGAGUUCAGUGAUAAAGUUGCUAUUGUAAAAAAGACGUUUUGAUUUAGGAAAACCAGGAAAAUGUGCAAUACAUACAUUGUUAAAUAUCUGUGAUCAAAGCACCGUCUGUCUGAUUGAAUGAAAUGUGCAUGAUGGGUUUCUUUCAUGCUCAUGAUUGUUUUUGUGGUCAUUUUUCCCAGAUUUGAGAACACUUGAGCUUGUGUAUCAUUUGAUACCAAUACCUGUGUCUCUCAGUGGUGAUGCUAAAAAAAAAAGUACCUUAUAUUGAAAACAAUCACAUUGUAAAUAUUAAAAUAAAUGGACCAUUACAUCGUCCUUAUACUUGUGAAUAGUACCAAUUUGACAUUAAAUCUUUGCAAUGGAAAA